AUGGUCUACGACGAUAUAAAGGUCUCGCGUGAGGCCCGCCGCGUACCUGAUGAUCAGGAAACUUUAGCCAGUUUCGAUUAUCAGACGGAGUAUUCUGAUGACUGGACCUUGUCCGGCGACGAUGAGGACACCCACAGCCUCUCUGAUACCUCGUCCGUGUCUUCGUAUGAUUCGAUCAUUUUCGACCGCACGCUGCCGUCAUAUCGUGUGCCCAAGGAACAGGGUGUGAACCAGCCUGUCUACGAGGCAUGGAUUGUGUACUGCUCGCCUGACAACAAGGAGGUCGUCACUGGGACCAAGAUCUGUGGUGUCAAUGUCUUCCAGCACUACGACCAGUUGUAUGGCCAUAUUAAUACGCGUCCUGUUGCACGUCCUCAAUCCGAGCUCAGCGGCUGGCAUCUCUCCGCCCUUGAUCGCUACCAGACCGCAAACAAGCGAUCGUUGCCCUCUCGUCUCAUCCGCGGACGAGCCAAAUCCUAUGAGCAGGACUUGGACGAUCGUCUGCGGAAGCUUCCCAAAGAAGUUCAGAGCGAGAUCAACAGUCUCCUGGUCGACCGCAGAGGUAACACUAGCAAUCGCUAUCAUGCUCGUGGAUGGAGUGUCGUCAUGAUGCGCGAGCAACUCCAUUAUCGUUUCAAUGCCGCCGAUCCCGAGGAGCUCAAGAGGCACAAGCUGCGGUUCUGGAAGAACAAGGACAAGAAACAGCCCACCGAGUUCCUAAUUGUCAUCCGCGGCGAAGAGACCAUCUUCCCGAAGAACGACAAGGGCCACUUCACCCACACAAGAUUCGGCAAUCCAUGGAAUAGAGUCGACAGGCAAGAGCAACGAGCCAGAGAACGCGCUAGGGACGCAAAGAACUUUGAGUUCGACAAGCUGGGCGGCCGGCGCCGCACAAGAUCGCGCCGCAGGGCAUCUCCACCUCCGCUAUAUCGCCCGUGCAAAGCAAGCCGCAAUGUCGCAAGAAGCGACGCAGAUGUCUCGGAACUUGCUGUCGAAGAGGGAAAAUCGGCCGAGAACAAGAAACAGGACAAGGCGACUGACUCGGGACUUGGAGACGACUUCGACGAUGAUGCCCAGUCACUGUAUGAUUGA